AGUCGUGGGAUUCGUAUAAUCGGUUCUUCCGACCGGUCCGGUUGGUGGCCGCGCGCUUCCGAUCCAUGAAUCCGGUGAUACUACCUACAGAUUCCGGUGUGCCAUUUACUGUGCAUCGUGGCGGCGGCGGCGACGAUUCCAGCGACGAUUUAUCGCGCGACUCACUGAUGUAGAGCAACAUGGCAAAGAACAUAGUCAACUUAAAAUUCACGAAAUUCGACAAUACGCCAUGGGGAUUUCGUCUGGCAGGUGGAAGCGAUUUUCCACAGCCCCUAACUGUUAUCAGAGUCAUCGAAGGAAGCCUGGCGGAAUGCAUGGGUUUGAUAGUCGGCGAUGUGGUGGUGCGUUUGAACGAUCAACCCAUCAGCAGCUUGACUCACGGUCAAGCGCACGAAGAACUGAUGCGAGCAGGGAAUAAUUUUGUCCUGGGCGUGCAAAGAGAAGAGGAUCCACUGAAGGCUCUGGAGGCGUUGUCCGAGGAGAACAUCGUUCCUUAUAAGAUUCCUCUCGCAGAUUUACCGCCAGUUUUCCCGGAACAAAUCUUGAAGGAGGAGACCGUGAUCGAGCAGCGCGAGGAGACGAUCUGCGAGACGAAGGUGGUCGAAGAGGAGACCAAGCCAGAGGUGGAACCGCUCCCGGAAAAGCCCAAAGACGAGAACAGCGAAAUUGUGCCGAAUCAGAAUCUGACGGACGACGAGAUCGCCCAGCUGAUCCUCGAGGAAGAAGAAUUGCUUGACGAUAAAGGCGUAUUAGGGGUGAACUUUAAAAAACUCCGACCCCGUUGUACCGCUCUGAAACAAUCUAAGGUGAUUGAGGAGCUUCAGAACAUCGCCACAGCUGAACCUCUGUUAGUUGAACAACUUAGACGCACUUCAGUGUUUCUGCAAAAACCGCAGCGACCGAUACCGGCGCCCCGUAAGAAGGAACCGGAGGAAGAACGCGAGCGCACCGAGGCUUAUAAAGUCGUGAUAAAGAAGCAGAAAAAGAGGAGCGUCACCGAUCGUCUGUUGGAGAAGGGCCUACUGAGACCUGAGGACGUGAGCACCCCGGAGCCUCCUACUCCCGAGGUAAACAUGGAAAAUAAUGAAACAGGAAACAAAGUCGAGAAUGAGAACGAUUCUUCCGUUCCGUCGACGUCGAGCGCCGACAGUCCCUGCUCGCAAAUUUCGAUCAAUGAUAAUCUGAAUUCGCAACAACCAAUCGAUGACAGUCCACUCUCGCAGGAGACACUCGAUGAUAGUCUUUGCGAGCGAGAACUGGAACUCGAAAUCGAACCAACUGUCGUAUGUUCCGAGGAACCAUCCUCUCCGUCUAUCGAACCUCCGAUCGACGUCUGCCAGACUCGAUAUCCUGUCGCGUCGGUACAGUUGUCAAAACGAGCCAAGGAGAACGUAGUGUUAGCGAGUCGAGUACCGAGCAAACGCAAGUCGAAGAGCUACUGCACCCGAGCUCACUAUCUCCGACGGUGGCUGUUCGGGAAGAGAAGUGACACUAAGAAAGUUAAAGCAAGGUGCCAGGAAAGCGGGUCCACGGAGCGACUUCAGCAACUCUCACGUCGCGGCAGCGUCGAGAGAUCCAGAAUAAAAGGUCGUUACCUCGAGACGUACUUGAAACGGGAGGAUAAUUGGAUGAGGCGUAUGGUCGACGGGUUGUUCGAGAAGACCGAUAGUUUUUCUUCUAGCAAGUUGUUCGGUAGGCUGCUAGAGAGCAGAGAAAUCUCGUUCAGGAGGACCCGUUACGGGGAAAAGAUCCUCGUUCGAAGCGUAGAGUUCGUCGCGGACCGGCUCCGCACCGAUGUUUUCAAGCGUAUCGAUCAGGGAUCGAAACCGCGUAUCGACAAUCGUUUGUAUUUCAAACCUCGUUACUUUCAGCGCAUAUUCUGGCGCAACGUUGUUCGUCUGAUCGAUUACAUCAAGGGUACUAUCGCAUCGUCGGGCGGCCGCUCUCGAGACAGAAGGCGAAGCUCGAUUAUGAAGAUGAGGGGUCGUUACUUGGAGACAUAUCUGAAGCAGAACGCGUUUCUGGAUCAUUUUUCUCCGCGGCUGAACCUGGUCUCGUCGAAGGGCCGGUUUUUCCGACGAACCCGUUACGUCGAGCGUAUCCUCAAAAAGCACUUCGAGUCUCUCGGCUUAAUCAUCGACUGCGUUCGCUGCCAGGUUCUCCAAGGUAUUUCCGAUACUUCCGCCGUUAUUCCAGGCCGCGCAUCAUCCUUGAACUCGCGCCAAAACCGCGCGCCCGCGAAACGAGACGACGACGACCGCGACGUUCUAUCCAAUUUGAUCCGUUCAUCGAAAGAUCUUAUCGCAAGCGAGGUGUUUCAUCGCGGCAGCAGACGACUAUCGAGAUCGUCCCGAGGCAGCGUCUCUGCUUUGAACUUAUCAAAUACCUGGGCCGGCUGUCUUCUUAAUUGGCUUCAUCUCAAGUUCGCCAGAGGCUCAACGAUUAGCGACAAGAAACUGCUCGUUCAGGAUAACGAUCGCGACGGUCGCAGAUUAUCGUUCGUGCCGACGAUUCUCUACGAGGGUUUGACAAAUCGUAUAGGUGUCGAUUUCACGAGAUUCGUGGCAUACGCGUUCGUCCCUUGUACCUCGAUCAUCUUGUUGUACAUGUACAAGUAACUUGUACUCGUCGGCCUUGCCCGGAUCAAGCUCACACCACUAGAGACGAUACUAUUAAUGAUUACGAUUAUUGUUUAGAUUUAAAAACGACUUGUUCUAGGACAUCCCUAACAGACGCUAGACCAUCAUGGACCAUCUGUAAAUGUAUUUAAAAAAACAAAAACAAAAAAGAAAUUGAGAAAGUGUCCGUUUA